AUGGACAUGAAUUUGUAUGGAAUAAAUGUGAUAAUAAGCAACAAAGAGCAGUAUGUGUUAAUUGUGAGAAGACCAAAUAAGACAGGUUGUGAUGCAACAAUUCCUUGUCCUUAUGACUUAGCAGCACAGUUCAAGAAGGCCACAAAUGUUACCAUUGCAUACCAUACUGCAUGGAGGGCAAGGGUUAUGGUGUUGGAGAAGAUUUAUGGGAAUUAUGAGAAGAGUUACCAACAAGUUCCUAACUUCUGUGAAAUGGUUAAGAGGACAAAUCCAGGAAGCCAUUGUUCAUUCUCAUAUGGCACUGAAGACAAUACCUUCCUCUCUUUGACUAUUUCAUUUUUUCCUGCAAUAAAGGGGUGGAAGGCUGGCUGUAGAAAGGUCAUUGGUUUGGAUGUUUGUCACUUGACAGGCAAGUUUGGUGGUGUGAUGCUAUGUGCAACAGGUUUGGAUGGUCAGAAUGGCUUAGUUAUGCUAGGUAUAAUGAUGUGUAGGAAUGAAACCAUAGAGAAUUGGAAGAUUUUACUUGGAUACUUGAAGCCUCUGAUAGAUGAAGAUGGUGUGCGUAUUUGUUUCAUCUCAGACAAGCAAAAGGGAAUCUUGGAGGGUGUUGAAGUCUCUUUCAUUUAUAUGAACACAGAUAUUGUUUUAGGCUCUUGCUUGCAAACUUUGAGAAGAAGUACAUGGGAACAUAUGGCCAAGGUGAAGGCUGAGAAUGUUGAUGCUGCUUUGUAUCUCUUGAAAGAAGAACAACCAGAAACCUGGUCCAGGUCCCAUUUUCCUAAUGACAGCAAGUGUGAGCACAUCAACAAUAAUUUUUCUGAGUCCUUCAACAAUAUGGCAAAGAAUAUUAGGGACAAUCCCAUUUGCAAGCUAGGCAUGAUGUAUGGAGAGCUGGUGAUGAAUACCUGGUAUAAGAGAAGAAAUGGGUCUGCUAAAUGGACAGAUGGUGAGAUAGUUCCUAAAGCAAUGAAGUUGAUAGAGAAGAUGAUAGCUUUGAAUCCUAAUUUUAAGCUGGUUCCAGCUGUGAAGUAUAAAGUAUAUGAAGUGGUUAGUGUGCAUGAAGCAGUUUUUAUUGUGGAUCUCCAGAAGAAAACAUGCAGUUGUUUGCAAUGGGAGCUAAGGGGAUUUCCAUUCCAGCAUGUUGUUUGUGCUUUGGCUCCAUUGAGACCUAACUGGGCUGACUAUUGUAGCCCUUAUUACACAGUGGACUAUUAUAAGAUGACAUAUGCUCCCGAAGUCAUGCCAUUGGAGGGUCUAGCUGACUGGAUAGAGCCAGAAAAACCAAAAAUUAUGAAGCCACCAGUCAACAUUAGACAGCCAGGGAGGCCAAGGAAAGAGGGGAUGAAGUCAUAUGAUGAACCAACAUGUGAGAAGAAAGCUAGAAGCUGUAGUAGGUGUGGAAAUAUAGGUCACUACACAACAACUUGUGUUGGAGGACCAGUUGGAGGAAAUCCUAAGGGAUUCAAGCCCAAAACCUGUGUUGAUGGCACAAAGAAGACAACAGUUGAAGCUCCACCAAAGAGAAAGUACAAAGCUAAAGCUGUUGCAAGUCUGGAGGUGCAUCUGGAGAAAAUUCUCAACCUUGUGCCAGCAGAUCUAAGACACAAACAAGUGUUGCUCAAUCUUCCCAACCAGCUGCAACAUAUUCUGCAAAACCAAAAGGUGUCAAGAGAAAUGCAGGUGAUGAAUCUUGUUCUCAGGCCACUUUCAGUCAGAAAAACACCAAUGUUGCAUCUGUUAGCAACCAUAUUAAUUUUACAACUCCAAAAGAAAAGAAGAAAGAUAGGAAAUAUAUGA